UCCUUGUUCGUAACCCUAAACCCUACCAUUCACAGAAGAGAUCAAACGCGCGCUCAAACUAGGUUUUCACAAAUCGUCAGCGUUUCGUUGGGAGGGAAAGACUCCGAAGCUCACAGCCAUGGCGACCACCAGAGUUCAGAGGAUCAUGACCCAGCCUAUCAAUCUCAUCUUCAGAUUUCUUCAGAGCAAAGCUCGCAUUCAGAUUUGGCUUUUUGAGCAGAAGGAUUUGCGGAUUGAAGGGCGUAUCAUUGGGUUUGAUGAGUACAUGAAUUUGGUUUUGGAUGAUGCUGAAGAAGUCCACAUCAAGAAAAACAUCAGAAAGCCAUUGGGAAGGAUUCUUCUUAAAGGAGACAACAUCACUCUGAUGAUGAACACGGGAAAAUGAUGUUCUGGAGAAAUUGCCUGAACAAAUAUAGUUUCUGUGCACCUCAUCCCGUUCUGUUUCUGCUCAUUCGAUUGCUUUCUUUUCGUUCAACUUGAAUAAAUUUCUCAUGUAAUAUUGAAGUCCUCUAGUGGCAGAGUUCAUGUACCACCUGUUAUAAUCAAGCAUAUGGAGUACUUGGUUCUGCCCUUUUUGUUGAAGGGGGGAGGGGGUAACUUGCUCUUCACGACAUAGUAGCUAUAUAUUGGUUGUGUAAAAUUCUCUCUCGUCUGAGGUUGCUAAUUAAGUAGUCCAGAGUUGU